AUGGCAGGAGACGUGCAACAGGCACCUUUUGUGAAGCAGCUUGCUGCCAAUGACCGUCCCACUCGAGACAAGGCUGUUGCCAGCCUUCGCACAUAUCUCAGCGGUCGAAAGUCUUUUGAGGAGAUUGAACUCCUAAAAUUAUGGAAGGGUUUAUUCUUCUGCAUGUGGAUGAGUGACCGUCCGAGAACGCAGCAGCAGUUGGCGAUUGACCUCGCGGGAUUGGUAGAUGUAUUGCCGGACGAGACUGCGCUGGCUUUCUUAGAGGCAUUCUGGAAGACAAUGUCGAGAGAAUGGACUGGAAUUGACGUGCUUCGGAUGGAUAAAUUCCUCAUGCUAGUCCGUGCCUACCUCAAUGCCUCAUUCCGUUACUUGGCAAAGAUUCGCUGGGAAUCCCGCCGAGUCGAGAAAUACAUGGACAUUCUGUCAGAGCUUCCCUUUAAUUGCACCGACCCGAAGAUACCUAACGGGCUCCGCUUUCAUGCCAUUGAUAUCUACGUCGACGAAAUCGACAAAGUUGAUACGCCGCGGAGUGGAAAUAUACCCUUGGAUCAACUUCUGCAACCUCUGCGGAAGUUGCAAAAGGAUUGCCCAACAAAAGUCGUCCGCACAAGGGCAAAGGAGGCAUUGUCCGAUGAGAGACUGAAUGAUUGGGAAAAUCCUGAUUCCAACUCGUUAAGAGAUGAGGCAGAGGAUGAUGCCAGCGAUUCCGAAUGGGGCGGCAUUGACGGGUAG